AUGACAACUACACUGCAUCCGGCAAUUCUCGAUGAAGAGAUUGCAUAUGUGCAAGGACUCUUAGAGUCAAUUCCAUUCAGUUCAGAUCGUACCACACAUUUUCUCAAUGUUUACAAAAUAUAUCACCAAGACCUUAUCAAGUUGAAUGAUCAGCCGCUUAAAUUUCCCAUCGAAGCGAGCAAAUUGUUGAAGCUAAAUAUAUCACUAGGUAACUUACUCAAGGCUUUGCAAACAGAAGAAGAAAUCUACAAACAACAAAAUCUACAACAAAAGCGAUACUUGAAUAAACUAAACAGUAUACAGGAACGCAGGACAGCAACACCAUCGGGGUUAAAAGAAGAAGUGUUGAGACUGCCAGCAGCUGACCAAUCAGUGAAGCAUGUGAUAAAUUCUGGCCAAGUCUCACAAUCGCUACAGCCACCAUACCAAGUACGUUUUGUCAAGAAUAUGGUUACGAUUUUGAAAAACUUUGAUAUUGAUGUACCAGUGAAACAAGAGCCAAGUUACAAUCGCGACAGUACCACUUCGUCAUCAUUCGGUUCUGCUCCACAUACCCCAAAGCGAAUGAUAUCCAAUGGUAGCAACAGUGGUGCCUAUGCUACAAAUUCUUCCCCCAUCAAGUUAAAUUCAAAACAGCUACUCAUUGAAAAGUUGGAAAUCAAUAUCAAGUUGGAUAAUCUAUUCAUUUAUAAAAUCACAUUCAAGUUGAUUUUGGAGAUUUAUCGUCGAUUGCAACAAUCUCUACAAGGUGAUGGCAGUGUAACCUCAUCGCCGUCCAAAGUGAAAAACGAUGACGAGUCGUCGAUAUUUUCAGGAGUUUCAGCUUCUUCACAAGACUCAAAUAUGGGUAAUGAAGAAUACUUGAGGUAUGUCAACAAUUUACUACGUCGUAUUAGCUAUGGAAUUACUCAACCAUUUGUGGCUUUGGUGUUUCGGGAAUACGUUGAACAACAAAUCAGUGACGACUUUACCCAGUUGAUAAAUACUCUAUAG